AAAUCUGUCCGACCGAAAAAAAAAUCGUGUCCAAUGAAACAGAGACAUCACAGUUGGAGAAGUUUUGCUGCUAGUUAACAUUUUAAACUUUUAUUUGUAAAAGUUAUUCGGGUUAUGUUAAAUUAAUGUUGACUCAAACUUGUCAAAAAUGAAAGUUAAACUGGUCUUCUGGAUAUCUGCUGUGGCUUUACUGGCAGCUGCAGCAGCAGCAGCAGACAUGUUGGACAUACCAGGAGGACACAUGUUAAUGGGAACCAGUGCAGCUGAUGGGAGAGAUGGAGAGAGUCCCAUUAAAGAGGCUGAACUGCAGCCUUUUAAAAUAGACACAUACCCUGUCACCAAUGCUGAUUUCAGAGACUUUGUGAGAGCGCAGAAGUACAAAACUGAAGCAGAGACGUUCGGCUGGAGUUUUGUGUUUCAGGACUUUGUGUCAGAAGAGCUGAAGAGCAAAGUCACGCAGAGAAUAGAGUCGGCUCCUUGGUGGUUGCCAGUAGAACGUGUGUUUUGGAGACAGCCUGCAGGUCCUGGUUCAGGCAUUCGAGAGCGCCUGGACUUCCCAGUGGUUCAGGUGAGCUGGAAUGAUGCUCAGGCGUUUUGUCAGUGGAAGGAGAAGAGACUGCCGACGGAGGAGGAGUGGGAGUGGGCUGCACGCGGAGGGCUGCAAGGUCGGACUUAUCCAUGGGGAAACAAGUUCCAGGCCAACAGAACCAACCUGUGGCAGGGGUCGUUUCCAGAUGGAGACACUGCAGAGGAUGGAUACCACGGCGUCUCCCCCAUCACAGCCUUUCCUCCCCAGAACAGUUAUGGAGUGUACGACAUGAUGGGGAACACAUGGGAGUGGACAUCCACCCCCUUCCCAGGAACAGGACCAAUGUACGUGCUGCGUGGUGCCUCGUGGAUUGACACAGCGGACGGUUCAGCCAAUCACAAGGCACGAAUCACGACCAGGAUGGGAAACACUCCUGACUCUGCCUCUGAUAAUCUGGGAUUCAGGUGUGCUUCCAGCAUCAAGCAGAAACAAGGGAAGAAAAAAGAACUGUAGCAACAAACAGGAAGUUCAACAUAUUCACUGAAGGACAACAAUGUUAAUUUGAACCAACGCGGAUUCAAAUGAAGUUGAUGACUUUCAAGUUGACAAAGAAGCAGAAAAAGCCGAGGACCAAUUAAAUAAUAUGACAAAAAAAAUGAUAUUAAUGAAUGAUGAUGGCAUGAAGAUGUGAGUGUAGAAACCAUAGACUGUAUAUAAAAUGGACGUAACAUCCGUGACGUCACCCAUUGGUUUGUGGACUGCUGCUUGGAAGCGAAUAGCAUCGGAUCUGAGCAGCGCCAUCUUGAAAAUUUCCGGUGCAUGCUGGGUAAAAAAAAAACACGGAUUCUACUUAUAU